CCAAAAAUAGCGCUUCUCUUGCCCCUCUCCUCCAGCCAGCCGGGAAAAAUCAGGGUUUUUCUUCUUUUCCAAAUUCCCCCUUCCCUCGUGGUGCCCCAUGAAGGCUGGCAUAGCUGCCCUGGCAGCCGGGAUCCUCGGCAGCACCGGCGUCUUGCUCUUCCUCAUCGCCUUCGGCACGGAUUAUUGGCUCCUGGCUACGGAGACCUGCGGCGUCUUCCAGCCCGAGAACAGCACUCUGAGCCCCGGGGAGGUUGAAACACCGACAGAGACCAGGAAGGAGAUUCUCACUUUCCACCACGAGGGCUUCUUCUGGAGAUGCUGGUUCUUUGGUGAGGGCCACCCAGAGACCAUCUGGACCUUCUGGUACACCAGCCAAGCACACCCCAAGUUCUGCAUGCAUGGAUACCUGUUCCCCAUGCCCAUUGCUCUUGGACCUUUCCCCCACCCCUCCUAUGACACAACUGCAGUGUACAGAGGGUUCUGGACGGCGUUCAUCCUGCUGGCCGUGGCUGCCGGGCUGGUGGGGGGGCUCCUGCUGGUCUGUGGAAUUCCCUUCGUCAGCCCCCGCUCCUACAAGGUGGGAGGUGGAUUCCUCCUGCUCUCAGGAGGUUUAUUUCUCCUGCUAGUGUUUCUCUUCGUAAUGUGGAAGGAGUUUGCUGCUGACUUCCAGAAGUACAUCCUGCUGGAGAGGAGCGAGAGGUGCCUGGACGAUGUCCCCGUGCACGUCUACUACGGGUGGUCAUUCAUGUUCGCUGCAGCCGGGGUCCCCCUGGUCCUACUGGCUGGACUCCUCUUCUUCCUGGUGGGCAGAGACAUUAUGAAGUCCCUGGAGUAAGACAAGUUUGGAGAAGGCUUUGGUGAUGUAAAGGAACAGGCACAAGUUUUGAGGACUAGAUCGUUUCUGUAGCUAUAAUUGUCAGGGUAAAUUACACUCACUCUUAUGGGGAGGCAGGGAUGGAGCACUGAGCAUCCAUAGAAUGGUUUGGGAGGGGAGGGACCUUAAAGCCAUCUC